AUGGACCACAAAAGGGGAAAGGUGGAAGGGUACAACAAAGCUGGCAGACCUGCUGGCAGUGGUACCACCACACAAAGGAGGAGGGAUAGGAUCAGGGCAGCAGCCAGAGAGAGAGAUAGGCUUGCUGCUGAAGGGGAUCAAGAUGCAAUGGCACUCAAGGCAGAGAAGAUGGCAAAAAAAGAGAAAUCCAUUCCAGUGCCAGAGCAGCCUUGCCAAAAGGCAGCAGCUUCCAAAAAGGAAUUUGGGCCAUCAGCUGCACAGGAGGAGCCCUUGGCAAAAGGGAAAGGGAACACCAAGGAGGAAAAGCCCUUGCCAAAAGGGAAAGGAAACCACCAGGAGGAAAAGACAUUGACAAAAGGCAAAGAGGCCAUCAGUGAGGAAGAGGCCAAGAAGGACAAGCCCUCCUACAAGGACAAGCUCUUGGCAAAAGAGACAAACACCCAGGAGGAAAAGCCCUUGACAAAAGGGACCCAGCAAUGGAAGCCAAAACAGGCAACCCCCAGCCCCAUGAGCCCCCACUCAGCAGACUGGGGCAGGAGGAGCAGGAAAAAUGAAGAGCCAGUCCAGCCAACCCUGGAAAUGAGGAACAACAAGAAAAUCGCAGUGGACUGGCAUGGGGUGCUGGUCACUGGCUAUGGCAAGCAGGUCACCUACAACCACUACAACAACUGGUGGCUUGACCAGCUGGUGAGCAAUGGCUAUGAAGUCCACCUGCUGUCUUUCUGUGGGUGGAAAAGAAGCCAGCUAGUGAAGGAGUGGGCAUGGCAAGAAUGGUCAGGGUGGGCCAGUGUGAGUUUCACCUGGGAAAGAACUGGCCCCCAGGGAAAGUCAAAAUGGUGCUUGGACAAUGGCAUCACCAAGAUCAUAGAUGACAACCUGGAAAUCAACAGGGAGUGCCAAAAUGAUGGAAUCAGAGUGUACCCAGUGCUGGAUCAGACUCUGAAAAGAAACAGUGGCAAGUGGAAGGUGAAAAGCUGGUAUGCAGACUUUGCCACUGCAGUGCAAGAGAUCCUGAAAGAGGAUGAACUGCCUUGCAAAAGGUAG